AUGGAACCUCACUGACAACCAGGUGCAUUAAGUACUUGCCAAUUUCUUGAGGGCCCGCGGCUCGAGGCCGGCUGCACGGGCGGGCCUGGGACGGCCAGGCUUAUGCAACAGGCUGUUCGACAUUUGUCUUCGCUGCAUCGGCUGCAUCGAGCUAAGGCUAGGAUAGGAUGCCUUGGAUGCAGGCCGGGUUAUGGCCGCUUUGGUCGUGAGACAAGAGACAACCGACGACCAACUAUCCCCGCAGCGGCCACCGUGCCCAACAACCACCGAUGCAGACGAGGCCCGUGUCAGGUGUACUUAAGUCACGUCUCUAUUGUGGAGGGAGUGCAGCGGAUGUGGGGUUGCGAACUGGCGAGGCCCUUCAUUCGCCUGCCGUCCGUUUGCUCGCGCCCUUCUUCGCUCACCGCCACAUCACAGCUCGUCGGCCGUUGGCCCCGACUAGACUAUCAUGACGCUGACUACCGAACAUCCCUUCUGGCCAUUGGGCCCCCUCCUCUCUUCCCCUCGUCGCCCUUUCCAGAACAUAGUGGGUUGGGUAUUGGCACCAACAUUACUACAGACUGCCCGUCACCUAUGAGUCUACGGAAUCCAUACCCGACUGUCCUCGAACCUCCUGCCUGGAUCGUUUGAGGCACCCGAUCUUCAAGCUGCUGGCUACCAUUCAGAAUGGGACGAAAUGUCAACGUCAUCCGUGUACAAGCCCCUCGUCCACCCUCCGUUGGCGCUCGCCAAUCUGAAGCUGUCUCGAGCCAGUGGCACUGAAUGAGAGAUGGGUUUCUUUUCUCAUUUUUUUACUGUGUUACCUUUGGCACCUCUGCAUUGUCCGGUGUAAUCUUCUUUUGCUCGUCUUUUCUUUUCCUACAUCGCCCUUGGACCAUUUUCGUUUGCAUUCCA